GAAAAAAAAAAAAGCAUAUUCCAUAAUUUCCAUUCCAUUUCCAACCUCUUGACUGACUCUCUCUGUCCCUACUAGACUAGUACUGCGCAAAAAUCAUCAAAACUUUCUCACUCUCCCACUUUACUUCAACACACACUCUUUAUUUUUUAAUUUCUUUGCUUUUCAUCAGUCUCUCUUUCUCUCUCUCUCUCAGACUCGUUCAAGAAAAAAAAAAAAAGUGUGUUGAGAAAGAUAAGCUCAUACAAAGAGAGAGAGAGAAAAAUGGAGAAUGAAGGUAUGGAAAAUGAAGUUACAGAGACAGGAAUCCCAACGUACGAUGGCAAGUAUGUACAGUACAACAUUCUCGGAAACCUCUUCCAGGUCUCCGCCAACUAUGUUCCUCCUAUUCAACCCGUUGGUCGCGGCGCUUACGGCAUCGUUUGCUGCGCAAAAAACUCUCAGACCAAUGAGGAGGUUGCAAUCAAGAAAAUUGGAAAUGCAUUUGACAACAGGAUUGAUGCUAAGAGGACACUUCGAGAGAUCAAACUCCUUUGCCACAUGGACCAUGAGAAUGUAGUCAAAAUUAAGGACAUCAUAAGGCCACCAGAGAGAGAAAAGUUCAAUGAUGUUUAUAUUGUGUAUGAAUUAAUGGAUACUGACCUCAAUCAGAUAAUACGCUCUAACCAGGCUUUAACUGAUGAUCACUGUCAGUACUUUCUAUAUCAAUUGCUAAGGGGAUUGAAGUAUGUACACUCUGCAAAUGUUUUGCACCGAGAUUUGAAGCCAAGUAACCUGCUUCUUGAUGCAAAUUGUGACCUUAAGAUUUGUGACUUUGGGCUUGCGAGAACCACCUCAGAGACGGAUUUCAUGACAGAAUAUGUUGUAACUCGAUGGUAUCGAGCCCCUGAAUUGCUACUCAACUGUUCAGAAUACACUGCAGCCAUUGAUAUUUGGUCAGUUGGUUGCAUUUUCCUUGAGAUUAUCAGAAGGGAGCCAUUAUUUCCUGGUAAAGACUAUGUUCAGCAGUUAAUGCUUAUAACUGAGCAGCUAUUAGGUUCACCAGAUGAUUCAGAUCUUGGAUUUUUAAGAAGUGAUAAUGCUCGAAAGUAUGUCAAGCAGCUUCCACAUUUCCCAAAGCAGCCCUUUGCAAUGAAAUUCCCACAUGUGUCCCCAGUGGCAAUUGAUCUUGCAGAGAAAAUGCUAGUGUUUGAUCCAUGCAAACGCAUAACUGUUGAGGAGGCAUUGAAUCACCCAUACCUAUCUGGUCUUCAUGAGAUAAAUGAGGAGCCCACUUGCCCAUCUCCUUUUGUCUUUGAUUUUGAACAUGCAUCCUUGAAUGAGGAAGAUAUAAAGGAGCUUAUAUGGAGGGAGUCCCUGAAUUUCAACCCACUUUAGAUGCUGGAGUAAGCUCACCAGUACUGUCCUCGUUUCCCUUGUUUGGGUCGAUGAAAGUCCUUAUAAAAAGAUUGAGAUUUUCGUUUAGAAAGUAUAUGUAUCAUGUACUAUAUCAGGGAGGGAGAUAGGUUCUUUCUUCCUGUCUUGAGAUGGUGGAUUGGCAGUUUGUAACUAGGAACCCAAACCCCCCCCCCCCCCCCCCCCCCCCCUUCUUUCCUCCUCUCUCAGUCAAUGAAUGCCAAGUUUGUUCAUGAGUGUGGUAUUUGGAAGUUAACUGGAUUCAUUUGGAGAAUCCAGUACCCAUUGAGGGUUGGUAUGCAUAAAAGAAGGCUCUGUUCUCUAAGCCUCAUCCUUUUAUGGCUGUGAUUUGUACAUUGUAAAUCUUAUUUUACCCAUAGAAAAGGAAUCAUAAAAAGUUAAAAAUAGGUACAAUACCUGGAAACAUUGCAAUGUUUGUAUUGCCCUGAUGCGUGUUUCGAUGCAUCUUUUAUGAGAUUCUUUAUAUUUUUGCA